AUGGCGGAGAUUCGUCGAAAGCUCGUCAUCGUCGGCGACGGCGCCUGUGGAAAGACCUGUCUGCUCAUUGUUUUCUCCAAGGGCACCUUCCCAGAGGUCUACGUUCCCACCGUUUUUGAGAACUACGUCGCCGAUGUCGAGGUCGACGGCAAACACGUUGAGCUUGCUCUGUGGGAUACCGCGGGCCAGGAAGAUUACGACCGUCUCCGCCCCCUCUCAUACCCCGAUUCACAUGUCAUCUUGAUCUGCUUUGCUAUCGAUUCGCCCGAUUCUCUCGACAAUGUCCAGGAGAAGUGGAUCUCUGAAGUCCUGCACUUCUGCCAGGGCCUCCCUAUCAUCCUUGUUGGCUGCAAGAAGGAUCUCCGUUACGACCAGAAGACCAUUGAGGAGCUCCACAAGACCUCGCAAAAGCCCGUGACACCAGAGCAGGCUGAGGACGUUCGUAAGAAGAUUGGCGCACAGAAGUAUCUUGAGUGCUCAGCCAAGACCAAUGAAGGCGUCAGGGAAGUGUUCGAACACGCCACCCGUGCUGCUCUCCUCACACGGAAAGAUAAGAAGAAGCCCAAGUGCUUGAUUUUGUAA